UGCCAGGAAUCCCCCACCAAGGCCAGCCAGAGUUGGGCCAAGGUCAGGCCUCCCUUUCCUUCCCAGAACCACAGCUGCUGCUGGGCCUCUGGCCUCCUGGGAGAUCCAGCAAGAGGAAAGGACUGAGGUCAUGCAGUGAGAAUGAGGUCACCCUGCUGCUUCCAUCCUAUGGGCCCUCAAAUCCCUCAAGACCCACCCAGCAGGUUCUGGCUUCUCCAUCCUCUCUCCCUAAGUACUUUGCUGUAACCAGAUGCCAGUGGAGUGCUGAGUGGCCACCAGGGGGCGCCCUGUGGCAAGAGUGAGGGGCAGAGGAGUUGGAGGCUGGGCUGGCCUCCGUUCCUGGAAUAGGCCAGGAGGGAGGAGAAGCAAGCGGAAGGAAGACGGUGUGUGGCUGGCCAGCCAGCCCAGGAGACUGCCUCUCCGGUGGCCAGUUUGGGCGCCCUGGGACAGUGGCUACAGCUGAGCAUGGCAGAAUCUGCACAGGCCCCGGAGCUGGUGUACCUGGUCACAGGUGGCUGUGGCUUCCUGGGGGAGCAUGUGGUGCGAAUGCUGCUGGAGCGGGAGCCAAGGCUCCGGGAGCUGCGAAUCUUUGACCUGCACUUGAGUCCCUGGCUAGAAGAGCUGAAGACAGGGACCGUGCAGGUGACUGCCAUCCAGGGAGAUGUGACGCAGGCCCAGGAGGUGAAAGCAGCUGUGGCUGGAGCCCAUGUGGUCAUCCAUACAGCUGGGCUGGUGGAUGUGUUUGGGAGGGCCAGUCCUGAGACCAUCCACAAGGUCAACGUGUGGGGCACGAAGAAUGUGAUCGAGGCUUGUGUACAGACUGGAACUCAGUUCCUGGUCUACACGAGCAGCAUGGAAGUUGUGGGACCUAAUAUCAAAGGCCACCCUUUUUACAGCAAGGCCCUAGCCGAGCGCCUGGUCUUGGAGGCCAAUGGAAAGAAGGUCCGAGGGGGGCUGCCUCUGGUGACAUGUGCCCUGCGUCCCACGGGCAUCUAUGGUGAAGGCCAUCAGAUCAUGAGGGAUUUCUACCGCCAGGGCCUGCGUCUGGGGGGUCGACUCUUCCGGGCCAUCCCAGCUUCUGUGGAGCAUGGUCGGGUCUAUGUGGGCAAUGUGGCCUGGAUGCAUGUGCUGGUGGCCCGGGAGCUGGAGCAGCGGGCAGCACUCCUAGGUGGCCAAGUGUACUUCUGCUAUGACAAGUCACCCUAUAAGAGCUACGAGGACUUUAACAUGGAGUUCCUGGGCCCCUGCGGAUUGCGUCUGGUGGGCACCCGCCCACUGCUGCCCUACUGGCUGCUGGUGCUUCUAGCUGCCCUCAAUGCCUUGCUGCAAUGGUUGCUGCGCCCACUGCUACUCUAUGCACCUCUACUGAACCCCUACACACUGGCUGUGGCCAACACUACCUUCACCGUCAGCACCAACAAAGCACAGCGCCAUUUUGGCUAUGAGCCUCUGUUCUCAUGGGAGGAAAGCAGAACCCGCACCAUUCUCUGGGUGCAGGCCAUGGAGGGGUCAGCCCAGUGAUGGUGGGGCUGAGGCUUGGGAGCCUUUGUGGCCUAUCCACCCAGGUCUCGAGCCCUCACACCCUGGAUUGGAUGGACUUCAGAGCUAGAAGCUCUGUGUCAUCUAGUUAUCCCAGAGCCCUCCACAUUUUAUGUUCACAAAGUCUUUAGUCUGGGUUGCUUUCUGAUACCUCCAAGUUCCAGGGCAGAGCUUGGGGAUAGGACCAUCUUCACUCUCAACACAGGCCUGAUGGAUGGUUAGCAAAAAACUGAUUCUUGGAUGUUCUUACUACCCCAUCCCACUUCUGAUUCUUGAGCAAGAAGUGGCCAGGUUCUAUAGACUAUGACACCCAAGUGCCUGUGGACUAGGUUCAGAUUAAAGAGGCUUCUCUGGUUUCUCCCUCUACCUUUGUCCUCAGGGUGUUAUCUUCCCAUUAUUUAAAAAUAAUAUAUCACCUUUAGAUAUUAUUUCCCCUCAAUGAAAGCUGAGGAAAUCAAUGUGUUUUCAUUUCUCACCCCUCCACCCAAAUUGAGUUCCUGAGGAUGCCCCAGUAAUGCUGUACCUCACCAAGACCUGGAUUAAAAUCCUCUUUCAAGCCUG